AACUAGUAGAGCUGUUUACUUCCUGUCAGUCCUAGUCUGACGUGGAGUUACCCUGUUCGUAGUGGACAACCCGGAUUUGUGUGUUAAUUUCGUACAGAGGGGGUCUGUGUUCACGCAGAUACACACACGCGCACGCACCUCCCACAGUGUUUACUCCGCGUCCCGAGUUCCAGUAGAGCGGCUCUCUAGUCCUACUUGACUUCAACUUCGUCCUCCGGAAUGGCUCCCAUGGGGGUCCGGCUGUCCCCGUUCGGCAUGGCCAUCUUCUGCCUGCUGGGUGUCGCCAUAAUCUACUACCUGUACUCGGAGGUGCUGUCCGGCGGGUUGUCGUCUUCCUCCUCCUCCUCCUCCUCCUCCUCCUACUCUUCCGGGCACAAGAGCAGCAGGAGGACGGUGGACCUGAAGGAGCUGCUCGCCUUGUCCGUGGAGGCCGCGGUGCGCGGCGGCCGCGAGGUGAAGCGCGUGCGCGAGGACAACGCGCUGGAGGAGAAGUCCAAGGGCGAGACGCGGGAGGGCGCGAGCGAGAAGCUCACAGUGGGCGACAUGAGAUCCCACAGACAGAUGUUCUACCUGAUAAAGAACACGUUCCCUUUCAUCCAGGUAAACUCAGAGGAGCACGACAACGUGGAACAGGCGGACACCCCCGAGUGGGACCACAGUAUUCCAGCAGACAUUUCCGAGGUGGUCCCCAACAGCUUGGAGGUGCCGGCAGACAGCGUCACCGUGUGGAUCGACCCGCUGGACGCCACGCAGGAGUACACAGAGGACCUCAGACAGUAUGUCACCACUAUGGUUUGUGUUGCUGUUGGUGGAGAACCUGUUAUAGGUGUGAUUCAUAAGCCCUUCACUGGAUACACAGCCUGGGCCCUGGUUGGCAGGGGAGCCAACAUAAAGCCCCGGGAGAAGUACAACGGAGAGACGCCGCAAGUGAUUGUGUCACGGUCCCACGGUGGCAAAGUGGAGGAAUUCAUCAAGACCGCUUUUGGAAAUAGUACAGUCAUCAUUCUAGCCGGAGGUGCAGGUUACAAGGUCCUGUCUCUUCUGAACCCUGGUGACGACACAUACAACAACGCCGAUGUUUACAUUCAUGUGACCUACAUCAAGAAGUGGGACAUUUGUGCAGGCAACGCCAUUCUGAGGGCCCUCGGCGGUCACAUGACCACUCUGAAGGGGCAGCUGAUAGACUACAGUGGAUCAGAGGGGAACGAUGGUGGGCUGUUGGCCAGUAUUGGCGUGGACCAUGAGGCCUUGGUGAAGAGGUUGCCGGAGCGCGAGAUUGACAGACACAGAUAAUGUGUCCUUGUCCACAUCAUCGCUCUUCUCUCUGUUCUCUAAUGCUACACAGUGAGAAAUAACAGCAGGGUUUAAUGUUUUUAUCAGGGAUCGCAAACUGUGUGGAAAGCAUGCGCUGGAUACCACGAGUCACCAAUGCGUUUGUAGGGGAGAACUUCUGCAGUGAGCUUCUCUUGUCCUGCUCGCUGGGCUGUGGGGAGUUCAGCAUGGUACCAGUGUGGUAAACACCCCUGCUACAUUUGAUGUCACUCCAGGUGGCUGCUUGGGUGCUGGACUGAACGGUUCUUAUUUCACUGCCAUCCCCCAUGAGAAGGGAAUGUAUCGGGUUGGACUCUGUCUCGUUUUUUGGUUUUUCUUGUAAGAGCCAGUGGUCCCAUGAUCAGGCCUUGGGCUCAGUCCCUCAGUUCUUGGCCUUUCUUUGGUUUUGCCUCCUGUCUCAGGGUGGAUUAAUUUUUGUGGUGGAGGUUAACGAUUUUGUGUGGACCUGGGCUUUAAGGUAACGGCAAAUGGUGCCAUCCAAGAUGUCUGUUUAAUCACAAAUAUGAUCCACGUAAUCCUCAGUCAUUGGUGCUCGGUGUCAGGUGUUUCAGGGUUUCUUCGCUGUUUCCUGGGCUGUGUGAGGUCACAGCACUGUGUUGUGCCGGAGCCGUUGGCGUGAACAUGGCCUGAUGCACUACUGAGUUCAGAUAUGUUACUGGGGUGAGGGGUAAUCGGAAGAUAGCAGAAGAACAGUUCUUGUUCAUGUAGAUUCUGGUUCUCUUUCAGAACAUUAAUAUUAUGGUAUGAACUAUAAAUCUAAGCAUUAAUAUAUAAAAGAUGUUGUUUUAAAUGUAACGGGAACUGUUUGUGUUUUCCAAAUGACUGUUUUAAAGUGGCCUUAAUAAACACACCUUGUGUAUAAAUGAGUGUAUCAUUUUAUUGAAAUGUGUAUUGUCUGCUGUCACCCUGAUCCAGUCUUUUCACCUUUUUUUUCUCUGUCAUGUUAUUGAGGUGAAGAAUUAACCCCAGUUUGUUUACAAAGCCUCCAGAG